AUGCAUUCAAAAAUGAUCUCGUCGGUUAUUACGACCACAAUCCUCGCUCUAGCUCAUGCGCAAACUACAACUUUUCCCAUAACCGGUACCUUGGGCAAUGCAACCAUCCCUGAAGACAAUCCCGUCGGUCCAAUCUACGUCGCCACACUUCCAGAUACAGAGUUCUUUAAUCCUGAUGAUCCACGUGGUAACAUCAAAGGCUCUGUCUCUGCAACUGCAAACCCUGAUGGCAUUGGUGUUCAAUUCCAAAUUCAAUUCUCCAAUCUCCCUACCAGCGGUGGUCCAUUCCUCUACCACAUCCACGCGCACCCCGUCCCCUCAGACGGAAACUGCACCGGCACCCUCGGGCACCUCGACCCCUUCAUCCGCGGCGAAACACCCGCCUGUAAUUCCUCCCUCCCGCAAACCUGUCAAGUAGGCGAUCUCUCGGGCAAAUACGGAAAAAUAACCGCAGACCCCUUCCAAGCAUCCUACGUCGAUGAUUUCACAUCCACACUCCCUGGUCUAGGCAGUUUCUUCGGUAAUCGCUCUAUAACGCUACAUUUUGGAAAUACUACUCGCAUCACCUGUGCCAAUUUUACUUUAUUGGAUGGUGUAGUGGGAGGUAGUGAUAGUGAUGAUGGUGAAGGGACGACGAAUAGUACUCGUGAUGGUUCGAAUGGGACGGCGACUAGUACGGGGGGUCCGUUGCAAUAUACGGGGCUUGGGGCGGCGGAGAGACGAAGUAUGGGUGUGCAGGGUUGUUUGAUGGUGGCUGUGGGCUUGGCUUUGGUGUUUGCGCUUUGA